AUGCGAACAUUGUUGCCUCAUCCCCAUUGCUUGUCCCAUCUGUACGAGGCUCUCUUGAAAAUCUCAAAGAGCAAGGUCAAGGAGCCUCAAAACAGAGGCAAAGCAUUGCAGAAGCUCUUAGUGUCGGCGAAGGGAGAGGAAACGCGCUUCCUGGUCCGCACUUUGUGUCAAAAUCUUCGCGUCGGGGCAGUGAGGACGUCGAUUCUGACAGCUCUCGCAAGGGCCACCGUCCUGACCCCGCUCGAUUCCCAGUUGAAGUUCACGAAACCAGAGGAUUCUACCUGGUAUGCCACAAAUGCUCUACUGGAUGCCGCACAUCCUGUCGCGGAGGGCAAAUCCAAUCCGUCUCGGGACAUACUAUAUGCGAAGUUCAAAAACGCUGAGACUCUGAUUCGCCAGGUGACCUCCCUUUCACGGCGGAAUUUAAAUACGACGGCCAGAGGGCGCAAACAUGCUUGGAAAGCCGUAGAUGACCUUGUAAAGGUCAGCAUAUUUUCCCGUCAUCUGGAAGACAUGACAAGUAAAAAUUUUAUCAUGGACUCAGAGAUAACUGCCAUUGAUCCUAGCGACGGAAGCCUGCGGACUUUUCAGGAAUUGUCUACUCGUGCGCGUAAAGACGUCAACUUGGCUGACGUUCAAGUUCCAAUGGGCAGAAGUUACUUGAAACAGACUUUCGUCAACGACGUGUACUCCUGCAAAACGCGAUUCUCCCCUCUGGACACUGGAUCUAAGGAAGUGGCUCGUUUCGAUCACGUCGAACGAUGUGAUAGCGUCGAUGGACGUCCAGCCGUUGAAGCCUUCUGGGCAAAAGCUAUGAAUAGUCGAAGCGAGGGCCUGAUGGUCAAAUUAUUAGACACAGAAAUAUCCGAACAUAACUCGGAUAAGGAGACUAGCUCUAAUAGAAAGCCUCUCUUUGCUACAUACAAUGCAGACAAGCGCACGUAUGCAUGGAUGAAAUUGAAGAAGGAUUAUGUCAUGCAAGGUGGAGUCUCGGACUCGUUGGACCUCAUCCCAAUCGGUGCUUGGAAUGGCAACGGUCGCAAAGCGAAGUUCUGGAGUCCCAUUCUCCUCGGUAUGUGGGACCCAAGUUCAGGAUGCCCUGUCGCGGUCUGCAAGUGUAUGUCAGGAUUCACUGAUGCUUUCUACAAAGAUAUCACUGAACGAAGGAGCCACAAGAAAGUCAAUGGGAAAUACGAGGGGCGGAUAUUACCAUCAGCCCAGUUUCUAUAUGCAGCUAAAGGAUUGGUCUCUAGUACGAAAGGCCUUAGUCUCCGAUUUCCUCGCUUCAUCAGGGUCAGAGAAGACAAAGGAGUGUCACAAGCGAGCACACCCAAAUUCCUUGCCGACAUGUAUACAGAUCAACAGGGAAGAUCAGGAAGAAAAGGGGGGCAAAUGAUGAAGGCGAACUUGAUUGAUGUUGACGUUAGCGACUCGGGGGCUGAAGAGGGGGACGAAGGUGAAGAGGAGGAGUAUGAGUAGUUUACCUUACUCGGAAUUAUAUGCCUUGAUCUAAAUCUUCACAGAAAGGAAUGACUACAUAGGUAUUUGUGAGAGUAGCAUUAUAGAAACAAGGUAAUUAUGUGAAGUAUCAGGCGAGAUACAAGUAUUGUAGAAGUACAAAUCAGGCUGAGUAAAGUUAUGUAUCAACGAGAGUUUGCAGGACUUCUCCGAAUUCGCGGCCUUCUUCGCAUGCGUCUGCGAAUGC